UGUAUCGAUGCAGAUACCAUUAUUAUUGAAUAGAAAUGUUUUAUCAUUUCUUCUUAGUAUUGGUCUUAUAUUCCAUCAACAACAACAACAAAGAAUUGAUGCAAGAAUUAUCGAAGGUGUAAUUCGAACCAAUGAGGAUUGGAUGUUUAUAGCACGUUUUUGUUUUCUCUCAAAAGAAGGUGUUUUCGAAUAUAAUGUCACUUAUCCAAAAAGUUUUGCACCACAAAAUCUGCUAUUAUAUUUUGAUGCCAAAUCACAAUGGCCAGCUGUUUAUAAACAGAAUAAGACAUGUGAACAAAAACAAGCCGUUUUAAUCGAUGAUUUUAAUCAAGUGAUCAAUCUAACAGAAUAUCGUCGUGAAUAUAAAGCAACAACAGCUUCAGGCUGUAGAGUGGAUCGAUAUAAUAAUGAAAUGAAUGAAACAUGGUAUCGUUGCGUGCAGAAAAGAACAUUUCAAUCAUAUCGUGAACGAUGGUGGUAUAUUGCAUUGGAUAAUUGUGGCUCACGUAAAGGGCUUUAUCUAAAAUAUCGUAUUACAAUGACCAAUAGCCAAUCGAAUCAAUGGUUAAGACAUUUUUCAGCUGACGAAUUUUAUAUAUUACAUACAGAUGUGAUCAUGUGUACACUAUUCUAUCUACUAUUGUUUGCAACUUGUUUCGAAGCAUAUGCUUUGUAUACUAGACAUUUAUUCCAUAAAACAUAUAAACUAUACAUUGCUUCAUUAUUAUCAGAAUGUCUUGGAUUAUUAUUUCUUUGCAUUUAUUAUGGCCAAUUCGCUCAACAAGGACUGGCUAGCCAGACAUUGAAACUGAUUGGAAAAGCAUUCGAAGCAGCCAGUACAUUAAUAUUUCUUCUGUUAUUAUUAUUAAUAUCAAAAGGAUAUACAAUAACAAGAGCCAGAUUGAAACCACGAACAGUGGCUAAAUUUAGUAUGUUUAUGGUCAUGUCAUCCAUUGCAUAUGCAAUAAUUUUCUAUCAUGAACAAUAUUUGUUUGACCCAGGAGAAGUACUGUACAUGUAUGAAAGUUCAUUUGGUUACCUAUUGAUAUCAUUACGAUUAUUAGCAUGGUCAUGGUUUUCUUAUGCAAUAGUUUUUACAUUAAUACAUUAUCCACAAAAAUCGGCAUUUUUUGCCAAACUAUUUCUUGUUUAUAGUAUAUGGUUCAUUUCGGCACCAAUAAUAAUUCUGGUGGCAACAUUUGUAAUACCAAAAUGGAUGCGAGAAAAAAUUAUCAAUGCCGUUGAAUUGAUUAUUGCAUUCAAAGCUCAUUUGAUAUUUUUCUACUUAACUCGUCCUUCUCGUGCUAACAAAAACUUUCCAUUCCAUGUACGUACGACACAAAUAUCAAUUAUGGAAAAAACUGGCAAUAUUGAAAGCGGUACAUUGGAACAUUUUAAUAAUUAUAAAUAUGCACCAACUCGAUCGACACCGAUCGAUGUAUUUGCCAUUACUUCGGCAGCAUUCGCUGGUCUAACCGGAGCCGGGGGAGGAGGUAGUGGCGGUGGUGUUGGUGGUGGAAAUUAUACGAAUAAUAAUCAUAAUAUUGCCAAAGGAAUGAACAGUCAACGUAUGAUUAAUUCGGCUGAAUCCGAAAUAACUUCAGUGGCAAGUUUAUCGAAUCAAAGUGGCCAUACUUCACAAGAAACGUUUGCCAUUAAUGGUGGUCCUGAUUGGAUGCCCAGAGCUGAAGCAUAA